AUGGAUGUGAUAUUGGUUCUUCUGUCCGUAACAGUUUCGAUCCUCAUUGGCAACAUUGGUGCAGAUCUGCCAAGUUGUGAACGAGCCCGGUGUCAUCAUUGUCGAGUGAAUUUCAUCGCUACGAUGUGCCCCGAAACUUGUAGACCAUGCUUGAAGGAAAUUCCUGUGCCGGAACAAUAUCCUCCAAAGUUUAUGAAUGACUCGCUCAACGUUUUCCAACCAUUUCAACGAUCUCAAGCCAAAACUGUGAACACCCAACAGCUAUUACCACAGCACUUACUACAAAGACCACCAUAUGAAGCGAAGUACAGCUUGAUAUCGCCACUACCAACGCGAGAAUCAUCAUUUAACUCAUAUCAUUACCAUUAUUUGCCACAACAGCCUCAGUCAGGAAUCCAACUUCCAAAUGUGCCCCCUCCACCAGUACCAAGUCAACAAACUGCUGUGAUUGAUACCGCAUUUCCAGCAUUUCCAUCAUUUCCAACAUUUGCUUUCCCAACAUUUCCACCGUUCACAUUUCCACCGAUAACACUUGCGCCUCCUAUUUAUCAAACCUCAGUAGCUGAAAUAUCACCGAAUCAAUUUCUCGCUCAAUCUGCUAUUCAAACACAGCUAUUUCAACCGCAAAGACACAGAACCGAUACAGUUGCUUCCGGACAAGCGGUUGCACCAUAUGGAGUCAUUGGUUCUCAACCUCAAGUCUAUUUGCAAACACAUCAAAAACAAGCCCAAACAAUCCAACAGCGAGCCGUCCCAAUGUAUUCUAUUAAUAGGCAACAACUACCUGCCCAACAACUGCAACCACAACAACACGCACCUUACUUGCAAGUCCACCAACCGCAACAACAUUUUUAUACGACAAACCAACAACCUACUAUAGUACGACCUGCAUUACUCCCAUCACAGGAAUACAGUAUCGAUGCAGCAACCAAUUACAUCGAAGGGUCAUACUACAAACCUGAUCCAAAACAGCCCUCUGGUAUUGCUCAGUGUCCUCGGCAACCUAACUGGGAACCAUGCAUAACAAAAGAAGUGGCAAAUGAUCGAUUUAAAGCGUGCUGUCAAGAACUAGGCGAAGGAUGUGCCGCACUAUGCAAUUAUGAUGCUACUUUAACUACAAUUCAACUAGCAGUACUUACGGGCCGAUGUCCCCUAAACAAAGUUGGUAAUGUGAUGAUUUGUGCCAGUGGAUAUCAAGAUGCAACACCAUGCUGUGAAGCAUACCAUGUAUUCGAAUCAGGCUACGAGCAUUGCAGGCCAUAUUGUAAUCCAGCAGGUGGAUUACCACAAGGUGUUUUGCUUAGCGAACAGUACAAAUGUCUCGGGAAAUUGAGCCAAAUACAGCGGUGUUUCUACGUUUCACAAAGGCCAUAA